AUGGGUAACUCAGGUCUCAAACAACAUAUAGAAACCGCUCAAAAAACGGGAGUUCUCAAGUUAUCUCAAGGGAAACUAAACGAAUUUCCACCAGGUUUCAAACAACUGGAAAGCAGUCUCCGAACUUUGGACAUAUCAGACAACAAAUUCGUAAUUUUACCUAACGAAAUAAGUAGAUUCAUGCAAUUAAGACACUUAAAUUUGAGUAAAAAUAGAUUGGCAAAGAUUCCUGAUUGUAUAGGUGCCCUAACUAAAUUAGAAAUAUUAAACGCGAGUCACAACAAUCUAACAACUUUACCUAGAACAUUAUCAAAUUUAAUACAUUUGAAACAGGUGAAUUUAAGUGAUAAUCACAUCAAGGAGUUCCCGUUGAUGUUUUGCGGUCUCAAACAUCUCGAUGUGCUAGAUUUAAGUAGAAACGAAAUAACAUCAAUCGGUCCGGAAGUAUCUGGUUUGAACGUCACCGAGCUUAACUUGAAUCAGAAUCAAAUAGCGCACGUUUCGGGGCAAAUAGCCGAUUGUCCGAGAUUGAAAACGUUGAGAUUAGAAGAAAAUUGUUUGCAGUUAACGGCUAUUACCCCUAAAAUACUGGGGGAAUCGAAAAUAUCGAAUUUAUCCCUUGACGGUAAUCUGUUUAAAACCACGCAGUUAUCUGACGUGAACGGGUACGAUGCUUACAUGGAAAGAUUUACCGCUGUGAAAAAGAAAUUGUUUUAA